GUGUGUGUGUGUGUGUGUAUGUACGUGUCGCCGUCCCAAUCCAUACUGCAUCCUACUUUUGCAAUCCGCCAGCUACAACACUUGACCAGCAGCCAACUAAACAACACACCGCGCGCUCAACUGGAAACAAUAUUCUUCAAUCGUGUGACCAAAACCGGCAGCGAAAAGAUGAUGGAGCUACUUAAAAUCCUAGCGAAGCGCAAUGAUUUUGUUGCCCGCCGCGAUGCCGAGGCACUCUAUGAGGUUGUCAUAAUGGAUCCAGUUUAUGCCAAAAAUUUCCUAUACACCGAUGUAUUGAAUAGCUCGCGACCGAAUUCGUAUACCAAACAUGUGGCAUUUCUUGAUUUCGAUGCAUUAGAUGAGCCUUGGCCAAUUUAUAUCAAUUUGGUUAGAGAUCCAAUUGAACGUUUGGUCAGUUGGUUCUAUUAUGCACGUGCCGCAUGGUAUAUUGCCGAUCGUUAUCAAACAUUUGGAGCUGCCUAUCAAAUGCCCGAUAUACAUUGGGUGCGUAAGGAUUUCAAUCGUUGCAUUAACGAACACGAUCCGGAAUGUAUAUAUGAGCAAAUGGAAAUGGGAAAUCUGGGUGAUCAUAGAAGGCAAUCGUUAUACUUUUGCGGUCAAGAGAACAAAGUGUGCAUGCCCUUCAAUUCCCAUGAGGCUAUGCAGCGUGCCAAACAGAAUGUGGAGGAACGUUAUGCUGUCGUUGGGACAUGGGAGGAUACGAAUGUUACGCUAACCGUACUGGAGGGCUAUGUGCCACGAUUCUUUAAGGGAGCCUUCGACGAGUAUUAUGCCAUGCGCCGGAAAUUGGGAAAUUUCAAUCGGAAUGCAUUUAGGCCCACACUGAAUGAUAAAACGCGUGCGAUACUCAGCCAAAAUCUGACCAGGGAGAUCGAGUUCUAUCAGUUUUGCAGGCAUCGUUUGUAUAAGCAGUAUAUAGCCUUGAAAAUGGAUAGAGAUCCAGCAUUGAGAGAAUUUAAUUAG